AUGGAUGUACAAGGAAAGCAUGUGAACCCUGCGGGGGCUUUAGAGAACCCAAAGAGGAAAAGGGAACAUCAUCCACCUCUGCUGGGGGCAACUUGUUUCUAUUUUAAAUCCCAUCUUAAUGUACAUAAAAGAUCUCACACAGGGGAGAAGCCGUUUUCCUGUCCUCAGUGUGGGAAAUCUUUUUCAGAAAGGUCCCAUCUUUACAGACAUCAGAGAUCUCACACGGGUGAGAAGCCAUAUUCAUGUUCUGAGUGCGAGAAAUGUUUUGCACAAAAAUCUGAUUUUGUCAAACAUCAAAGAUCUCACACCGGGGAGAAGCCGUAUUCCUGUUCUGAGUGCGGGAAAUGUUUUUCACAAAAGUUCAGUCUUUACAGUCAUCAGAGAUUGCACACAGGGGAAAAACCAUAUUCCUGUGUUGAUUGUGAGAAAUGUUUUUCAAACAAGUCACAUCUUUCCAGACAUCAGAGAUUGCAUAUGGGUGAGAAGCCGUAUUCAUGUCCUGAGUGCGGGAAAAGUUUUGUACUAAAAUCAGGACUUGUCAUACAUCAGAUGUCUCACACGGGGGAAAAGCUGUAUUCCUGUCCUGAGUGUGGGAAAUGUUAUUCAACGCAUUCCAGUCUUUACAAACAUAAAAGGUCUCACACAGGGGAAAAGCCAUAUUCAUGCCCUGAGUGUGGGAAAUGUUUUUCAGACAAGUCCAGUCUUUCCCGACAUCAGAGAUCUCACAUGGGGGAGAAACCGUAUUCCUGUCCUGAUUGCAGGAAAUGUUUUUCAGUGAAGUCCUCUCUGUAUAAUCAUCAGAGAUCUCACACAGGGGAGAAGCCGUAUACCUGUCUUGAAUGCGGGAAAUGUUUUUCACGGAAGUCCAAUCUUUACACACAUCAGAGAUUGCACACGGGGGAGAAGCCGUAUUCCUGUCCUGAGUGUGGGAAAUGUUUUUCACAGAAGUCGUAUCUUUACCGCCAUCAGAGAUCUCACACGGGGGAGAAGCCGUAUUCCUGUCCUGAGUGCGGGAAAUGUUUUUCACAGAAGUCUCAUCUUUACAGACAUCAGAGAUCUCACACGGGGGAGAAGCUGUAUUCCUGUCCUGAGUGUGGGAAAUGUUUUUCAGUGAAGUCCAAUCUUUACACACAUCAGAGAUCUCACACGGGGGAGAAGCCGUAUUCCUGUCCUGAGUGUGGGAAAUGUUUUUCAGUGAAGUUCCAUCUUUUCACACAUCAGAGAUCUCACACAGGGGAGAAACCAUAUUCCUGCCCUAAGUGUGGUAAAAGGUUUAUACAAAAAUCAGACCUUGUCGUACAUCAGAGAUCUCACGUGGGGGAGAAGCCGUAUUCCUGUCCUGAGUGCGGGAAAGGCUUUAUACAAAAAUCUGACCUUGUCAUACAUCUGAGGUCUCACACGGGGGAGAAGCCAUAUUCCUGUCCUGAGUGCGGGAAAUGUUUUUCAGUGAAGUCUCAUCUUUACAGACAUCAGAGAUCUCACACGGGGGAGAAGCCGCAUUCCUGUCCUGAGUGCGGGAAAUGUUUUUCAAGAAAGUCCAUGCUUUACACACAUCAGAGAUCUCACACAGGGGAGAAGCCGUAUUCCUGUCCUGAGUGCGGGAAAUGUUUUUCAAGAAAGUCCAGUCUUUACACACAUCAGAGAUCUCACACAGGGGAGAAGCCAUAUUCCUGUGCUGAGUGUGGGAAAUGUUUUUCAGUGAAGUCCAGUCUUUCCACACAUAAAAGAUGUCACACGGGGCAGAAGCCGUAUUCCUGUCCUGAGUGCAUGAAAUGUUUUUCACAGAAGUCCAGUCUUUACAAACAUCAGAGAUCUCACUCAGGGGAGAAGCCACUCCUGCUCUGAGUGAGGAAAUUGUUCCUCAGUGAAGUCCUGUCUUCCUGUACAUCAGGGAUCCCACACAAUCCUCGAGGUGUAUUGGUGCCUUGAGUGCGGGAAAUG